GGUCUGACCGCACAGGAACACGUACCUACAGACAGCAGUAUGAUGUCUGUGGAUGUCUUCUGCUGUGCAGCGCUGAUGCUCUGCUGCUCCAGGCUCUGUGUGGCCCUGCAACUCUCCCAUGGACAGACCCCGGCCCGCGGCCCCUCACUGACAGAACACACCUUUCCAUCAACAGCAUCCACAGCCUCUCAUCCCGCCCCUCUCUAUGCAAUGUGCUUUGUGGAGGACAUAUUUGCAGUGCUGCGUGAAAGUGUCGGGGACGAUGAUGAGCUCAUUAACUCCAGUGUGUCUCAGUUUGGAAUCUGUACGGCAUCUGAACGUGCAUCAGUCCUACUGCAGCUCGCUAAGGAAACACGGAGCAGCCAGAGGAAUGGAUUGGAGGUUUUGCAGCCAACUGGAGUGAUUUUUGCAGAGGAAAAUCAAAAAGGAGCGCUCUUGUUGACCUUUGACCUCCCACAAUCUCCUUUGCUCAAGCUGAACCCGGUGCUGCUCCUGGCGUUUGAAAGUCCGCUCACGGGAGGAAUCCCAGACGUCACUUUCACCAGUCAGUCGCUGCAUCCUAACACACAGUCUGUGUGCAUUUCAGAGAAAACACAGUACAUAAUGCUGACAGGAAAAGCAUUAGAGGGCGACGUUCACCACAAAUGGAGGAUUUCUGUUGAAACAAAACAGCCUGACAUGAACCAAAGCCUACGUGACAUUCUUAUUGGUGGAAAAUCAGGAAGUACUGUCAGCAUGACUCCAUUUCUGCUUUUCUCUGGUGAAGGAGGAACAGAAACAAGAUAUUCACACACUUCAUCCCCGGCCUCCUCACAGACCCCCUUCCUCUGUGAGCUGAAGAGGUUCCUGGGUGACGUCCCGCCUCAGGCUCCCCCUGAGUCCCUACCCCUAAAACUGGACACCUUACAGUCCUUACCCCCUCUGAUGCUCGGUUUGUCCUCCAGUGACACCCUGCUGGCCGGACUGAUCAACUCCUCUUCCCUGACCAUCUUCUCCUUCACCAGCAGGGGCUCCAUGUUUCAGGUGCAUCGUGGGGAGUUGGCCCUCUCUCCUGAUCUGCUGCAGGAGGUGAAGCAGAGGUUGCAGCAGACUGUGACACGGGUAAUGGAGUUCAUAGAGAACGAGGGAGAGGUCGACUUCAGAGUCACACAGAGGCUGCAAAGGCUCACCGAACUCAGUGCGCUUCCAGAGAAGGAGCCUGCAGCAGGCGAAAGCCAGUACCGUGCUUUCCUUCUGCUGAGGGCCCUGCAGACGGUGGUCCGUGCAUACGAGAUGCAGAGAAGCCUGCGAUCCACCAGAGACAGCACUGGCAUCCCAGCGAGCGGCAACGCGUGCGGGCUGAAGAGACUCACGGUUUCCCUGAAGCAGCAUCUCAUGGGUCCCACCGAUGCAGACAUCAACAACUGCCAAGGCUCGUGUACUAUUCCCCAGCACGGCAACAACCAUGCCGUGCUGCUCAACGACUACAUCAAUAAGGGGAAUGUGGAGGAGCGGGCCCCCUGCUGUGUGCCUAUAGUCUACGGUGACCUGGAAGUGAUGCAACAGCACCACGACGGGACUUACCUCUCCACCAAACCUGACAUAGUGGCGAUGCAGUGUGGAUGUCGCUGAGUAUGAUUUUGUCUUGUAAUUUUGUUACGACACAAAAACUAUUUCACAUAUUUAACUUGUAACAUCUCCUUUAAAUAUCACAUGUUACUUAACUGUCAGUUAUUUAUUCCUAAUAAUCUGGUAGACAGCAGUGGACGGUAAAUUAGUACAUUUAUGUGCUUUUCUUAAGUAUAAUUUGGAGGUAAUUGUACUUAUUUAUACUUCUACUCCAUUACGAUUAGGGGGCAAGUAUUGUAUACUUUACUGCACUACAUUUGUUUGAUGUUUUUUAAUUCGAUUUCUUUGUAUCAUUAAAGGUUAAACACAAAACUUUAUUGAGCUAAUUGCGAAAUUCAAAGCUACCAAACUUUAUAUCCUUAAAAGGUAUCUUCUCCGUCUCCAUCUACAUCAUUUAAAUGGUGAACACAUUGAUGCAUCAAUAAUUAUAAUCCAAUAAUAUAACAUAUUUCAUUUUGAAAUGGGCAAAGUAGCAGAAUGAGUGCUGUUCACUUUUGGUGAUUUAAAUAUACUUGACUAAUACUUGUGAUAUUUUACUGUCAGAUUACCACUUUUAUUUCAAUAAAACCCCUGAUUUCUUUGUCCACCUCUGCUUCUACUAAAUGUACAUGUUCCUUCACAAUAGUCUCUUUAUGCUUUAUACUUUCACAUAUAUAGACAAUGUAUUAUCUGCAGGAUUUUUCACUCUCAAAUGUAUUAAAAAUCAAUAAAAUCAAUAUAAGUAUCAU